AUGGAGGAGCAUGAGGUUCCCACGCUCAUUCUCUGCUUGACAUCUGGCGGCUGGAGAGAAUCUGCAGAGCUCCAAGGAGGAAGCAGACAAGACCCAAGGCAGGGGGCUCUCCGUACCUCCGAGCUCGCAUCCUUAUCAAGAAGGUUCUCAGCCAUCAGGACUCACUAUCUUCGGACGCCUCUUCUCGAUGAUCCCUAUACACCGUGGAGCGAACGACUUCUACAAAUAAUCUUGUACGGAAUGGACAUGGCAAUGGGUGAUGCCAUUACCGUUUACACCUUUGACAGCGAAGGUGUCACAGGCCACAUAAACCAUUGCCAGAUAGGGAAGGCGGUGCUGGCAGGCCGGAUUCGUGCAAAGUGCUACUUCCUGCAAACACCUCCUCGGCUUGCGUGGCUUAUGCCGUGGCUCUACAAGGUUAGGAUGGAUCAGGUGAGAAUAACCUCAAGAGCCCCCUGCCAGCUGAGAUCCCUGUUUCUAAUGACGUACGCGUCGCAAGACGUGUGGUUCCGGCGCCUGUUCUUGAUAUUUGCUCCAUCUAUGCACUCCAACAUAUUCUCUACGGCUUAG